GAAUACUAUCUGUUUGUCGUUGAUAACAGUCCACUCAACAUAUUAAUAAUACAUUGUAACAGGAUUUAAAUACUACUAAAUAUAUCAACACACGAUGUGCAUUAAUUCUCUGUGAAUUAUCAUAUUGGUAAAAAGGAGGACGUGUAUUUCACGCAGCAAGCCGAAUAAGUGUAUAACUAUGACGGAACGCCUACUUGUUGCUGCCAUCGACUUUGGCACUACAUACAGUGGUUGGGCUUUCUCAUUUCGGCACGACUUCGAGGCAGACCCUACCAAAAUUCAAGCUAAACAGUGGUCUGGUGGUCACCACGUAUCGUUGAAGGCACCAACCACUGUUUUGAUUAAACCAGACGGCAAGACGCUUGAAGCAUUUGGCUAUGAAGCAGAGGACAAAUACGCCAAACUUGCAGACGACAACAAACAUAGAACUCACUAUUACUUUAAACUGUUUAAGAUGAUGCUGUAUGGCAAAAUUGGUUUAACCAGAGAUAUCAUGCUGGAGGACGACAAGGAUCAAAAGCUACCUGCGUUGACAGUUUUCUCUCUUGCCAUUGGCCAUCUACGCCAGGACCUGCUGAAGACAUGCAACGAUCGCUUGAAGAAGAACAAGCUUACGGAUGGGGAUAUACAUUGGGUGCUCACUGUCCCCGCUAUCUGGAAUGACGCUGCUAAACAGUUUAUGAGGGAGGCUGCACAAAAGGCAGGAAUUGCGUCUGAUAAUCUUAGCAUUGCACUUGAACCGGAAGCAGCCUCAUUGUUUUGCCGCCAUCUUCCAAUUCAGCAGUUCUCAGGAAAUUGUGGGAAGUCUCUCAAAACAUUUGACGUUGGUUCAAAAUAUAUGGUGCUCGACGCUGGAGGUGGAACAGUUGAUAUAACUGUUCAUGAGGUUCUUCCUGAUGGAAAAUUGAAAGAGCUCCAUAAAGCCAGUGGCGGGGACUGGGGAGGAACUAUGAUUGAUAAUGCAUUUAGACAGAUGUUGAUCAAAAUCUUCUCCCUGCCUGUGCUUCGAAAAUUCCAACUUGAUCAUACCGAUGACUAUCUAGACCUGUUGCGGGAAUUUGAAAUCAAAAAGCGUGAUAUCAAACCUGCAAGUGAUACUAAGAUUACUCUUAAGAUUCCUUCAGCACUUGCAGAGGUUUUUGAAAAAGAAACUGAGGAGGGAAUACAAGACGCCAUUGACCAGUCCCCUUACGCCGGGAAAAUAAAGUUUACAGGCGACAAAAUGAGAGCCGAUGUAUCGGUGUACAAACAUUUGUUUGAUGACGCUUUAGAAGGCAUUAUUGAACAUAUAUCAGGGCUAGUCAGAGACCCAGUAACCAGAGGCACCACAUCCAUUUUGAUGGUAGGCGGUUUCUCGGAGUCACCAUUGCUGCAAACAGCUAUCAAAAACACAUUUCCAAAAAUGACAGUUAUUAUUCCCGAAGAAGCGGGAUUAGUCGUAUUGAAAGGAGCCGUUGUUUUUGGCCACGGCCCCAAUGCUAUCGCAAAGCGUGUCUGCAAGCAUACCUAUGGAAUAGAGCUUAAUACCCUUUUUGACGACAAAGAGCAUGACGUUUCGAAACGAUUCGAGUCCAAUGGACGUUGUUUUUGCAAAGAAAUAUUUGAUAAGCAUGUUGAGAUCGGACAGUGUAUCAAAUACGGAGAACCGCAAUCGGAACGAACAUAUGCACCGCUUACCAAUACCCAGGACUCUGUAGACAUUGUCGUAUAUGCGUCUGAUGAAGCAUCUCCAAAGUAUGUCUCAGAUAAAGGAUGCCAACAGAUAGGGAAGGUUACAGUCGACGUGCGAGAUAUGAGCGUUCCUCUAUCACAAAGAACCUUGGACGUAACUCUCACUUUCAGUGGGACUGAAAUAGAAGUGAUUGCUAAAGAAAAGCACACUGGUAAAAUUACGAAAUCAAAGGCAAAUUUUCUUGGGUAGCAUUAUAUGUAAAUGAAAAGAAAGGUAUACAGAAGAUUGUUUACAUCAGAAGAUCAUCAAGUUGAAAAUGAUUAAGACAGUUACCGAUACUUAAAAAUUAUGAAUUAUCAAGACUUUGCGCAUAUGUUAUGACAUUGACUGAACAAGCAGAGACAUGAAUAAUAAGCGUUUUAUCCGAAUAUUUUUUUGUUUAUAUUUUUUAACAAAAUGCUCAACAUUUGGUGUUGAACUCAACUACUGUAUGGAGAAUAAAUAAGAGUGUAUAUCUUGAA